AUGGCCGAGGCGCAGAUCAAAUCACUCCUUGUGCGCGAGCGCUACUACCGGGAUACCUGCCAGUGGGAAAAGCUAAGGGCUUGCUACCAUCCCGAUGCGUCGAAAACGCGUAUCGAAAUUACCUGGUUUCAAGGGGAUAUCGAUGGAUUCGUUAAAGGAUCCAAAGGUAUGGCUACAGAUGGCACGGGCGCUGUUCAUACCAUCUGUCCCGUUGAGGUCCAUCUUCACGGCAAGAAGGCUCUUUCGGAAUCAACUGGGUCCAUUUCCAUCCGCUUCCAACACAACGGCGCGUUCUUUGAUUGCGUCUCGUACACUCGAUUUAUUUCUCGACUCGAGUUCGUCGGGGAUGAAUGGAGGCUGCUUACUUUGGAGGCAAUCUAUGACCGCGACUUGAUUACGCCUGUCAUUCCCCAAGAGACGGCCGAGCUCCAUUUGCCUCAAGACUCCAGGGAGAGCUAUAGAUGUAUCUCCUGGGUUUUGUCACAGAAGGGAUUUUCUAUCAAACAAGAUUUGCCUGGUAUCGAUGACUCUGCUUCGUGUGCACAAUUAAUGGAAGCUAGUUUCAAGUGGCUGGGAAAAUGA